UCAUGCUUGUGUGCAGCUUUUUCUUUUUCUACCUUGUAUUUUUAUUAGUUGCGAUGUCUCUGUAUAAUUGUUUGUUAAUAAGUUUUGUCUUUGAACAUAGUUUGUCAAUCUGUUUUGAUGCAUUUCGUUUUGUAAAGCGCAUUGAGUCGACUCUGCAGUUGAAAAUUGCGCCAUGUAAAUCUGCUUUAAGAAUAAUAAUAACAAAUAAUAAUAUUCUUACAAUUAGUUUGUCAGUUUCUACAUUUCAUUCAGUAGCAUAAUAUAAACUGCAAACAUCGUGACACGGGCACUAGGAUGUACAUCACUGCUUGAACAUUAAGUUGUUUACAUGUACGUGGUUAGUAGAUGAGGAAAACAGACAUUGAAGGAUCAACGUUGUAAUACCCUUCUCCAUAGAAACGAUCCACAGAGUAAGGAAUGUUAUGUCAACCUUUUUUUAAAAAACAAAAAAAAAAUAAAAAAAUAAUAAAAAAAAAGAAGGAAAAAAUCCACUGAUCAAGGCCGGGCCCCCUUUACAGGUGAAGGCCAGGGUACCUCAGACCCACCCACCCUGUCUAUCCCCACUUUCGUCAGGCCUGGUCUCCGGGUAGUACAUGUUGUGUAGUGAGAUCGUGUUAAUCUUGUUUUGUGUUGUGUAGACAAAACAGUUGUCGCUUAUUGGUGCUGUUGAAUAGACAAAAACGAUUGUAUCUGGAUGGAAAUGCAUUUUUUUUCUCUUUGUGAUGUAGAGAGAGGCCGUUAUAUUUUUGUUGUUUUGACAAACGGUUGUAUCUUACUCUGGGUUGUUUAGACGACAACAGUUGUAUCUUGUGCUGUUAUGAGAUAGAUAACAUAAGACUUUAUUUAUCCCUGAGGCUUACAUAGGAGCUGCACCCUCUACCCAUUAACAUUCGGAAGUCCCACAGCUCAGCAUGAUGCAGCAGCGCAGUUUCAUCUGAUAAUAUGAAAAGAUAUUGACCCUCGCGAUACUGCGACAGCUGUUGAUACAUAAGAUAAACAAAACUGGGAAUAAAAUACCGCCUUCAGGUGAGUCCGUGCUCGUUGUGAGAGAGUCAGAAAAAGUAUCACUGACAAAUUAUUUGUUGCUGCCUGUCAACCAACAAGUGAAUGACUAGCUGAUGGUCAAGGGAAAACUAAUCAAGUUGUCCAACUAGGAGAUGUGGCUGGAUGGUGUUGAAACCUAUGAGAAAUCAGCAAACAGUCGUGCGUGGGCAUGUGGAUUCUCCAGGUGUUUGAACAGAGCAUGGAGGACAAACAGUUUGGCAUCAUCAACACUUCGUUUGGACUGGUAUGAAAAUUGCAGAAGAUCAAGCAAGACAUUUCUUAGUGGUAUUUGCAAUCAGUGGUUUGAUUAUUGUCUCCAAUAAUUUCAUGACCAACGAUGUAAAUGAGAUGCUGAGCGGUAGCUGUAUUCAGCUAUAGAGAAUUUACAAGCAGCAGGAACUGAGAGUGAAUCCAGAGAGCGCUGAAAUAAUUAUUAGAAGGAAAUAGUUGUAUCUUGUGAUGCUCGGAGUUGAGGAAAACACUAUUAUCUCUGUACUCGUACAGUUCGGUUUCACUGGAGUACUCGGGGUGACGAGUUUUUUUUUUUAAAAACCUGUGGACUGAAUGGUGAAUGUUCGAGUGGACCAUUAGAUCAUGUACCUGCAAAUCUUGCGAGGUUUGAGACACAUUCAUUAAAAUUUCAAAGCAAUCAAUAAUCAACAUCACGUGAUUUCAGUGGGGACAUCAGAAAUUGCUGUCUGGCUGUGUCUGAUGUAUUGUCUUUCAGGCCAAAUCACAACAUCUGACAAGCGCUAGGCAUGGGACAGCCUUUUAGGGAACCGAGCCCAUGGGAACGAAAAGGCAGGUGUCAUGUCUGCUAGAUAACACAACAGCAGCUUAGAGAAAGGUUUCACCUCACGGAGAGGGAUAUGGCUAACUGCGUGGCCAUGAUUUAUGAUGGCAAUCUCGCCCCGUGAAGUGCGCCACAGCUUUGAGGAGGACGUGGCGCUGGUCACAUGUGCAGACACAACAACAAACAUCGUGAUAACUGCGGGUAUUCAGACUCAAACAUUCAUUGGCACCCAUCCGGAGUAGACUGUGACACUCUUUUUGUAAUUAAUAUUGUAGUAUAUUAUUGACGAUUGCUACGACACUGUGUCUGUGCAAACCCUCGGUCUUGGAUGGUGGCAGUCGAGGGAACAAGCUGAUUGACACGGCAUUCACCCGUUAUUUGGAUAGACAAAGCUUUGUUUUCUUUUCUGUUUAUUUACUGUAAAAAUAUUUCUUAUCUCUUAUUGCCUUGCGGAAUGAUAGUAUGACAAAAAGAAGAAACGAAAUCAAGAAGGAAUAAAAUGAAACGAAGUUAAAAAAAAAAGGAGAAAGGAAGAAAAAAAGACAGAAAAAAAUAUUUUCAAAUACAAAUUAGUCUCCGCGAUAACAGGACAUUUCUGUGAAGAUAGGAUAUUUCUGAUGACAAAAACUUCUAGCAUCAUCAUCAUCAUUUUAGAAGUGUAAGAACCAUGAAGCCGCUCACGUACCUCCAGCGUCGCUGCCUGGUGUUCAAGGUGUUAGCGGUGGUGUGCGGGGGCCUGAUGCUGGUGCACGUGACGAGUUGGUUCCUUCCUUCCAUCUCCCGAGUCUUCAUACAGCAGGUCCCAGUCCCCGCCCUCUGCCGUCACCCCUCCAGGCUCGCAGUAGGCGCUGCCAACAGGGUUGUUAGGGGACAGUUCCGCCCUUUGAACUGUUCCGACUUUGAUUUCCUCACAGGCCCCGAUCCGUCGGCCGAGUUUUACAACAGGUCCUUGGUCUGUGGGCCCGGUGCACAAACCAAAGACAUCUUCUGCAGGAUAUUCUUCCUUCAGACCGGCCUGCAGGAAGGUGAUGCGUGCGACAGACAGACCGACGACACAACCGUCCCUCUUUACGUCUAUUACGUUAUCUUCGGAAACUACGACUUCCACUUCUGGAACUACGUCAGCGUUGUUGCCGCCAAGCGCUUCGUGGCACCUACGGCACUCUACGUCAUCGGCAACGCUCACCCUCGGGGUUACUGGUGGCAGCGCGUGCUGCAGGACGUGCGCGGACUCCGCUUCGUCUACCGGCCUCAGCCCACGAGUAUCGGCGGGGUGCAGAAGCCGCACGUGAUGCAUACGUCGGACGUAGUGCGUCUGCAGGCUUUGCUGUUGAACGGCGGCAUCUACCUGGACGCCGACAUGGUGGUGACGCGCCCCCUCACCCCCCUCCUGUCCUAUGACGUCACGCUGGGGCUCAUCGAGAACGGCACCGGCAUGGGCAACGCCUUCGUGUCCACUGCGAGGAACUCCGCCUUCAUCCGCGACUGGUACCAGCAGUACAACAUGUACAACAAGUCCAACUUCUACUGGAACUCGCUGCAAGUGCCGCGGGACAUGUGGCACCGUCAGCCGCAUCGCGUGCACAUGGAGAGCUCCCGCCUGUACCGUCCCAACUGGUUCGAAUCCAAGCUGCUGUUCAAAGGGUGGGACUUCAACUGGACGGACAACUACGCUGUGCACGUGUGGACCAACAGCAACCCUGUUCCCCAAAGCGAGGAGGACAUUCAGUCGGCAAACACCACCAUCGCACAGAUCUUCAGACACGUGUUGUAUGGUGACCCUCGCCCCAGGGUGAGGCCCAAACUAGCUAACAACUCCAAAAAUGCUAAUUUAUAAUUCUAAUUAGGACAAAUUGUAGGUGACGAACAUGAAGGAGUGGAGAAAUUGUUCACAGGGGGACCUUCUCAGGCGGGCGGAAGGCCGGUCCCCCUCCAUCAGAUCUCCCUUACUACUGGUAGCCAUAAAUGCCUCGGGAAGCAAUGACUGUAUGUAAACAAUAAUGUAUUACACAAUAAAGAAAUGUACAGAAUAUCUGUAGAACAAUGCAUCAAAUACACAGAAAAGAAAUACAGAUAAGUAAAUAAGUAAUUAAAUGUUUACUACGUAGAUAUGCUCUAAAUUCUUACUAACCCUAUUCGCUGCGAGGUGGACAAUAAUUAUUAAUCUAUAAAUUUAAUUAAGUUGGUGAAAACAUUUUAGUACUGCCAAAGAAACACUGAAAUUUGUAUUAAUUUGGAUUAUUCCUUAUAAUUUGAAAACUAAUUUGCAUGUUUCUGUCUAAAAAAAAUACUAAGAUAAAAAUAUAGAACAUUAUCAGGGCUUCUGCUUACGCAAAAAAUUGCGUACAGUACGCAUUAAAAGUUCAGAGGACCCCUUCAAUUUUCGUCAAUGGGGUCCCCUUCAAAUUUGGGCGAAAAACAGGGACCCCUUAAAAAUCUGAAGAAGGGGUCCCUGGGACCCCAAAGAAUUUAGCCUUAGCAGAAGCCCUGAUUAAUAUUCUUCCUUAGUCAUUUAGGAUUGGAGUCUUACAUAGUCAUUCCCACCUUGACACAUGAUCGAACAUUCCUUUUGCACAUGUACGUUGUUAUUCGUUGUUUUUAACUUAGUGAAAGAUAUUAAUUAACUGUAUGAUUGUCACGCGCCCACUGUACAGUGGCUUGCGGGUGAGAUAAAAACACUAACAAAGAUACAUGUAACAUCAAGCAAUUCUUCAAAAUGACAAACAAAAUGAAAACAACUCGUCGGCGGUCAAAGUGGAAGCUAGGGUCUUGGCUGUUAGUCACUGAGACUUUUACUGAGAUGUAAGGAUGCAUAGAGAUGGGUUGAAAACAUCACUGCUGUCUUAUCUAUUAUAGCAACGAUAAGUAAAAGGGAGGUAUGAGAAACUUUAGUUCUUGCAUUAUCUGCUUUUCCAGCGGGUAAACACAAACAAGCUCAAAAUAAGAAAAUUGUGCUUGAAAGCGAUAUGCAAUAUACUAGGUGUUUAGUCGACAUUUUAUGUCAGGGUUUCACACCAUGACCGGCGUUCAGUCAGCCAGAUCCCAACAUGACACCAUUCAUACUAUAGUCAGUGAAACCAUUCAAGCAUGAAUGCCAUUAGUAAACCUCUUACAGCAUCAGCUUCCACAUCACUACCACCCUCGGAGGAAAGUGAGAAAGGUGCAGCAGCAGACAUUGAUUUCAAAAUAACACGUGUGACAGGUGGUGCAAGGUAUACAGUCCACACAGUUAGUGCACAAUGAACAUUCUUUUUUAUAGAAACAAAUCCUUGAUUGGGGGACAUUGGGCACAGGUCUGAUAGGGAUGUUGUAUCUACUGUUUUAAAAUCUCACUACCAUGUGCUGCCAAAUCUCUCUGUCUCUGUCUCUGUCUCUGUCUCUCUCUCUCUCUCUCUCUCUCACACACACAUAAAGAAAGGAAAGAGAGGAAACAUAAUUUUCCUAGCAUAUAUCAUCUACCUAUAUAAAAUAUAUCAUGCAGACACAAAGAAAGAAGUCACUAUAUCAAUACUACAAACUUAUUAUGUGUUAAAAACCUUUACAAUUAUUAAGUGAAGCUCACGGUUGACAUGAGUAGUAGUGUGUAGUUCAUACGCAAACCGCUGUAAUCUGAAGUUGAAUGAAAACAAUUUUACUCUCCCAAACCGUUCCACCCCUCCGUGCAACUCCCCAGCACACGGGAAGAAAAUUU